AGGACUCACGCAACGGGAUUAAUAACACAAUAGAAAAGAAACUGCGCACGAAGCCUGGCAAAGUACUUUAGCCGUCGAGGGUUGCUGUGUGUUUGUCCCAGAAUCUGCAACGAUUUCAUCUCAUUUUUCUGCUUCAGCCAUGUAUUCGCGGAUAAUGGACGGCUUCAACUCUCUGGAUCCCUCCAGACUCCAGAUGUUGGCUGUCUCCGUAGCUGUAGGAACGGGAGGUCUUUUAGUCUACUUCCUUGCCUACCGAAAGAAAUCCCACACCCUCCCAAUGGGAGAUGGCUGGUGGGGGGCCAGUGAGAGAUCCUUUUCUGAAGAUGAAUCAAUUCGCAGUUUUGAAGUGAAAACAUCUGAUGAAGAAAUACAGGACCUUUAUAGACGCAUUGACCAGAGCAGAUUUACUCCACCACUAGAAGACUGCAAGUUUAACUAUGGGUUUCAUUCCAACUACCUCAGGAAGGUGGUUUCCUACUGGAGAAAUGAAUACGAUUGGAAGAAGCAAGUCAAGGUCCUCAAUAAAUUCCCACAUUUUAAAACCAAAAUUGAAGGUCUGGAUAUUCAUUACAUUCAUGUUCGGCCCAAGUAUGUUCCUGAUGGAUGCGUAAUGAGGCCCUUACUGAUGGUGCAUGGCUGGCCAGGAUCUUUUUUUGAAUUCUACAAGAUCAUUCCCAUGUUAACUGAAAGCAGUGAUGGGUUUGCAUUUGAAGUCAUUUGCCCCUCCAUUCCAGGCUAUGGCUUCUCAGAUCAUCCACGUAAGAAAGGGUUUGACUCUAUUCAAGCAGCUCGCAUAUUUCAUAAACUGAUGGAGAGACUGGGUUUUAAAGAAUUUUAUACCCAGGGAGGAGACUGGGGGAGCCUUAUCACUACCAACAUGGCUCAGAUGAAACCUGAGACUGUGAAAGGCCUGCACUUGAAUUUCGGCUUCGUGUCUAAAGGUGGCUUGAAGAUGCUUUUAUCUUUGCUGCUUGGUGCAUAUGUUCCUUUUCUCGUGGGAUUCACAAAAGAGGAUGUGAAGCGCGUCUUCCCUUACAUGCAAAAAAAUGUCUAUGAGAUGCUCUUGGAAUCGGGCUACAUGCACAUCCAGGCCACCAAACCAGACACUGCAGGCUGUGCACUAAAUGACUCACCAGUGGGGAUGGCAGCCUACAUUCUGGAAAAGUUCUCCACUUGGACUGAUAAGGAGUUUAGAGAGCUGGAGGAUGGAGGGCUAGAUAGAAAGUACUCCUUGGAUGAACUUCUUACCAAUGUCAUGAUAUAUUGGACCACAAGUUCCAUUGUGUCCUCCAUGAGAUUUUAUAAAGAGAAUGUGGGAAGAAACAUGGAAAAAAGACCUGAUGCCAGAAUUCCUAUUUACAGCCCAACCGGAAUCUCUGCCUUUCCCAAUGAGCUCUUACACUCGCCCUGUGUGUGGCUUCAACAGCGCUACAAGAACAUUGUGUCCUACUCCUAUAUGCCUCGGGGAGGCCACUUUGCUGCUUUUGAGGAGCCAAAGCUCUUAGCAGACGACUUCAGGCAGUUUGUGAAGAAAGUGGAGAAAUAAAGCGUUGUAGCUGUACAACAUGUUCACAGGUUUUUGUCACUGAGAAAGGUUUUUAUUGCUUUUCAUGUAGAAAUAAAAGAUAGCAAUUGGAGAUGCAGGCACCUGUAAUGUAAUUGUACUGACCAAGUUUUCAUUAAAAAUAAGCGCUAGAGUUACCUCUCCGUAUGCACUAUACUACAUUUCAUUUUUUUCUAAAACCCCGUACAAAUGUCAGGUAGCACAGGUGAGUCAAAUUGAAUGGUAAAAUGUUAUAGUGAAUCAUAAAAAAACGGGAAAAAUCUGCCCAUAAUUACUAUGCAGUUCCAAGAAAAAGUAAGUGAGCUUUUUGGGAUUUCCUGGAUUGCUGAAUUGAUUACUAAUAUAUUGUGGAAUGAUCUUCAUCUAAGUCAUGAUUCUAGGCAGACACAAUCUGAGUAAACUAAAAACACACACACAUUUGUACAUUUCAAGUCUUUAUUUAUCACAUUUAGUAACCAUUCACAGUGCAGCCUGGAAAAAGUGAACCCUUGAUUUUAAUAACUUGUAGAUCCUACAUUAGCAGCAACAGUCUUCACCAAAUGUUUCCUAUUGCUGCUUAUUAGCCUUGCACAAUGUUAAGGAGGAAUUUUGGAGCAUUUCUCACCUCAGAUCUGUUUCAUUUUACCAAUUUUCCUGAGUUGUCUUGAUUGCACAGCCCUCUUCAGGUCAUGUCUCAGCAUCUCAAUGGGGUUACGAUACUCCAUUCCUAAACACAAAUCUUCAUUUUUCAGCCAUCCUUUAGAUCAGUGUUUCCCAACCUCGGUCUUGAGGGCACACUGUGGCUGCAGGUUUUCAUUCUAACCAUCUUCUUAAUUAGUGAGCUGUUUUUUGCUGCUGAUUAACUUGUUUUGCCUUAGUUUUAAUUGACGUGACUCAGACCCCUUAAUUCAGGGGUGGGCAAAGUCGUUCCUGGAGGGCCGCAAUGGCUGCUUAAUAAGAAACACUUAUUGCUCAAGUAACACUUCUGCUUCAUUUUCGUUGUCCCGCUCAUUAAGAUUUUGAACCCUUAUUGCCUAUUUUAGUCUUAAACAGCUGUAGUAUUGGUAAACCAGCAGUUCUCCAUAUAGCUUGUUUCCAUGUACCUCUGUGUAUUUUUAAUGCACUAUUGGGUUUAAUUAAAUACUUGGAAGGAAAGUGAAGGACUGAGAAUUACUCAUCCGGUUUUAGACUUCAAAUCAUUUGGAUGAUAUCCUUAGAAAGGGGAAGAAAAUCUAGGAUAUGAAAAUGACUUGACAUGGCAGAGUUAAAGUAGUAACAAGCCAUGAAAUUAAAGUAUUGGCAAGAAUUGUUUUCUAAUUAAGCAAUUGGGUUGGAACAAAAACCUGUAGCCACUGCGGCCUUCCUGGACUGACUUUGCCCACCCCUGCUUUAGUUGUUUCUGUUUCCUUAAUGAGCAGCCAAACAAUAAUGAGGCACAAAACAAGCCACCACAUGACCAGCUAACCUGAAAAUAAAGAAAGGUGAAGGGCUCAGUCAUUUUGGUCUGCUCAGAUCACUAAAACAUCUUGACGGUGGUCUUAGAAGUAACAGAAAAUCAACAUGGUCUGCUGGGGCAGAAUGAGAGCAGCAACAAAUCAUGAUAUUCAAUAACGGCUUUAAUGAAUACAAGAAUUGGCUUCACAUUAGGAAACUGGUGGGAGUGAAAUUGGUUAGAGUUUGAUGUUCCAGCUUAGCUGGUCAUCUGUUGGCUCGUUUCACAUCUCAUUUCUGUUCGGCUGCCAUUUAAUGAAGAAACGAAUCAAUUCAGAGGACUGAAUCCUUAAAAACAGGGCUACUAAAAUGAAGGGAAAAGGAGUUAAUUAGCAGUGAAAACUACUCAAUGAUUAGGAAAAAGGUGAGAAUGAAAAGCUGCAGCCACAUCGGCCUACCAAGACCAGAGCUGGACACCCCUGCUUUAGAUGAUUUACUUGUGUACUUUCUGUCUUUGUCUUGUUUGGCCACCCAGUGUCUCUUAAUUGAGAGCAUGGACUGCUGCCCUUACAUUCACCUGUAAAAUGUCGUGACACCCCAUUGGAAUUCAUUGUUCCCUUAAUGACUGCAAGGCAAUCCAGGCCCUGAGGCAGCAAAGUGGGUCCAAACCAUGCUGCUCCCUCCACCAUGCUUCACAGUUGGGAUGAGGUUUUGGUGUUGGUGUGCUGUGCCAUUUUUCUUCCAAACAUCAAGUGGUGCAUUUCUGCCAGAAAGUUAAUAUUUUCUGUCAUUUGUUCACUGAACAUUUUCCCUGAAGCAUUGUGAAACAUCCACGUGGUCUUGGGUAAACCUGAGAUCUUGAGAAAAGCUGCAUUCCAACCCCACACCCCCACCAAGAAGCAGCAGUAUCUUUCAUGGCGUCCUUAUGUGAACACCAUCAGUGUUUCUCUAAUAGUGGACAGAAGACUUUCUCAUUUUGUAGACUUUUCUCAGAUGUUUUGCACCUCUUUCAGGAUUGUCCUUUGUGCCCUCGGAGUGAUCUCUAUGGGGUGCCAACUCCUAGGAAGAGUAGCUACAGUCCUGAAUUUUCUUCGUUUAUAGAUAAAUUGUCUUGCCAUGGAUGAAGAACAUUGUGGUCAUUAGCAAUGCAUUUGUAGCUUUCUCCAUCUCCAUGCAUCUCUAUAAUGCUUCUUCUAAGGUCAUGUGACAGUUGUUUGGCUGGACGCAUGGUUCACACCUCACAGUCUUUCUGGCGGAGCACAGAUGUGUUAGUCACCAGGCUUUAUUUAACAGCUGUGGCAUCUGUGCAACCCACACUUUCAAUCUCAUCUCCUUAACUGAAGCGUCUUUCUCCAGUUAGCUUUUGGAGAAGUCAUUAACACAGAGGGUUGCCUACUUUUUCCAUCCUGCACUGUUGAGAGAUUAUUAAAUGUGCUCAAUAAAGAGGUGAAAUGUAUAACUGUGUGAUAUUAGUUUAACCGGAUUCUGUCAAUCUAUAAUUGUGAGUUCUUGAUCAAACAUCUCAGAAUUACUCCUAGAAAUUGCACAGAAGUUCUGGCUCAGAUAAGAAAUUGUCCUAUCCCAGGGUAGGACAUGAGAAGUAGUUAUGAAGUGUCCUACACCCACUGCCAGGGAGGACUAGGAGUUCACAUUUGAGAAUGCAGAACAUCACAGUUUUACAGAACCCAGAGCCAUGGUGAUGCUUUGUAGAUUUUCUGAUACUAACACUAAGGCUUCACCACAACAAGAAUGAGAAUAUUCAAAGUAGUUGAAGAAGAAGAAGAAGGAAAACAUAAUAAGGUAGGCUAUUACACUAAGAUGCGCUUAACUGUAGCCACAUCACUACAACAUCAAGAAUAAUACUUUUACGAGCAAGACAGACACACACACGAAUGAGAGCUAAUCUUGGUAGUGGGCAUGUUUUUAAUGAACCAUGAAUAAUUUGCAGUUGUACUUCUAUAAGCAUUGUCUUCUUGCUGUUAUGGCUAUGAGAAUCACCUCAUAAAGUUACAGUUACUAAAUUAGCCACGGCUGUUCCUGCACUGUUUCUGAAGUUGCGUUCAUUCUUCCAGUAUUCCCGAUCAUAUUUACAGUCUCAUGCCAAGCCUUUCUCCGUGAUUCCCUUUUCAUCUUCCAAUGCCCCAGAAGUCUCCUCCUGCCUUCAUGAAACUUCAUGGGCUUGUAAAAUGUUACUGGGAAAUUCCAGUGGAUGCCCAACAACUCCACUACAAAAGAUCCAAAAAAGAAAAUGGAGAAAAGUAAAGCUUGAUGUUCAUGGGAGACACUUGAGAUGUACAGGCACAGGCCACAUUUUAUUGGUAAUCAAUGCAGAAAUCCAGGGAAUUCCAAAGAGUUUACUUUUUUUUUUGCAACUUUAGCAAAACAUCUUGACGGUGGUCUUAGGAAAAACAG